AUGGCGCGUCCUGCGGUUCUCCCAGCUUCACCUGUGAAGCCUGGUUCCCGUGCGGCAACUAGAUCCAGUGCGACUAGAACAACAACCUCUGCUGCUGCGAAAGCUCAAGCCCCUGCUAAAGCGACAGUCACGAAAGCGCCAGCUAAAGCCAAAAUUACGAAACCUGCACCCAAACCUAAGACCACCAAGGCCCCCGCGAAGCCUAAGGUCACUAAAGCCGCUGCGAAUCCAAAAGACGCCAAGCCCACGAAACCCAUCACCAAGGCACCUGCGAAGCCCAGAGUUACUAAAACUAAGGCUUCUCUUGUCGAAUCAACUCCCUGCUUGGAAGACAGCGAUGAUGAGCUCGAUACUUUGAUGAAAGAGGAACCCCGAGUUACUCCCGCACCCCGCGUGCGCCCUGCUUCCACAAAAGUGGUGAAGUCUGCCGUUUCUGAGCCUAAGAAACGCCCUGGGCGUCCCAAGGUCAACACCGCUGCUUCUAGCGCCCAACCCAAGCCCGCCCCGAACCCUCGUGUGAAAACACCCACCACCCGCCAAAUUAUCAAAUCUGCCAUACAGAGCGCAGUACCCGAUAUUAUUAAUGCGACGAACAAUGCAUUUCACGGACGCUCCAAUAUUCUGCGUGGCCCUGCCAAGAAGAAGACCGUUCGUUUCGCAGAAUCUCUUCCUUCAGAGGGGGAUCCUUCAGAAGGAGAAUCGGAUAUCGAGAUGCCUGAUGUCAUUGACGCACUCAGUGCUGGUCUGGAUGCUUCACCGAUCCGCAAGGUUACCCCAAAGACGCCAGUAGAAAAACUUUUUGCCGAAAGUAAGGACAUUCGACCUUUCUCCCCGCAGACGGCAGCUAGAAUUGCGAAGUGCUUGUCUGUUUACGCUCCCAUCUCUUCUGACGAGGAUGAAUUGUCGAUGAAGAUCUCGGUCCCCGCGAUCACCUCGCCCCUUCCUCAAGUAAAUGGCCCAAAUAAUACUCUCAACACUCCUGUGAAGCGCGUCAAUUUUUCACCCAACAAAAUUUCUUCUCUUGUUGAUGAGAAUGGCAAGGAGAAAGUGUCAACCCCCACACUCUCCACAAUUAUGUCCAGCCCGGCAAGACGACCUGAAAUAUCUCCCUCUCCGUCCCCUUUCAAGUACUCCAUCGGGCGAGGUGUUGUCUCCAGAGAAGGCGCAAACUCUGCCCCUGUGCCCGAGUUGAAUCUUGCGGCCGCUUCCCCGUUAAAGAUGUCCCCUCGAAAGGGUCAUCUCGGCGCAAUCUCUAUGAAAUCUUCAGAAUCUCUUGCCUCUCCGACGUCCUCGCGAUCGUCACUUUUCGCUAGCCCUGCGAAGAAGUUUUCCAAUUUCUUCAGAAAUUCGUCGAUGUUCUCGCCCAAGGACACACCUGAAUCUUCCACCCAGACACCUCUGGAGGCUACCAAAGACGUUGAACCGGCCAUCUCAUCAGAGUACAACUUCGACAGUCUGUUCGACACUGCUUCUCAAGCCGAUGCCACACCUGUCAAGGCAAACAAAGAGGUUGAACCGGCCACCUCGCCAGAGUACAGUUUGAACAGUCUGUUCGACACUCAAGCCGAUGCCACGCCUGUCAAGGCAAACAAAGCAAUUGAACCGGCCACCUCGCCAGAGUACAGUGUGAACAAUGUAUUUGACACUCAAGCUGAUGCCACACCUGUCAAGGUAACCAAAGAGGUUGAACCGGUCAUUUCACCAGAGUACAGCUUGAACAAUCUAUUCGACACUCAAGCCGAUGCCACACCUGUCAAGGCAACCAAAGAGAUUGAACCGGUCACCUCGCCAGAGUACAGCUUGAACAAUCUAUUCGACACUCAAGCCGAUGCCACACCUGUCAAGGUAACCAAAGAGGUUGAACCGGUAAUUUCACCAGAGUACAGCUUGAACAAUCUAUUCGACACUCAAGCCGAUGCCACAACUGUCAAGGCAACCAAAGAGAUUGAACCGGCCACCUCGCCAGAGUACAGCUUGAACAGUCUGUUCGACACUCAAGCCGAUGCCACACCUGUCAAGGUAACCAAAGAGGUUGAACCAGCCAUUUCACCAGAGUACAGCUUGAAAAAUCUAUUCGACAGUCCUGCUAAAGUUGAUCACAAAUCUCUUCACACCACUAAGGAAGUUGAGAUGGAAAUUACCAUGGAGCCAUCUUCUGCUUUUCAUAGCCUGUCUGAUAGCCCUCUUUCAGAUGAGCCGACACCUCUUAAUGCCACCAAGGAAGUUGAGAUGGAAAUUACCAUGGAGCCAUCUUCUGCUUUUCACAGCCUGCUCGAUAGUCCCCUGGACAAUGAGCAGACGGAUAUCUUUAAUAGCCCGUCGCAUUCACUUCCAGCACGCUCAAAACCUGAACACUCAAUGGACAAGGACCGAAAAAUUCGACGUAAAAGUGAAGGCUCAAAGCUUUCAAACCAUUCGCCUCAAAAUGAGCGUAUUGGCUCUUCGCCAGAUCCCGUACAAGAUUCGAGCCCUUGCCAGCGUCGCUACAAGCGCCCAUCAAGUGAAAUGUCACCUGAUUUUAAUGCGAUUACGAACCCCAAGCGCCGCUGUUCUGAGUCUACACAGACAAGACCUGACCGGUCAACUGUUGAGAGCAACAUUCGACGUAAAAGUGAAGGCUCAAAACCUCUGAUUCCUUCAUCAGACUCUAUGCAAAAUUCGAGCCCAUACCAGUCAAGCGAGCUGCCCACUGAUCUUGAUGUGACUCCGAAUCUUCAAUGCAAACGCAACAUUAAGGAGGCGCCUCUCUCAGAGCCACCACUCAAAAGACCUGAACGGCCAAAUCAGAAAAGACGCACAAGCGAUGGUAGCAAGCCUAUGAGCCUUUUACCUCAGAACGAGCAGUUUAUUUCUUUUUCAGAGCCAGAGCAGGACUCCAGCCCUUCUGAACGUCGGCUUAAACGGUCAUCAAGUGAACUUUCACCAGAAGAUCAAGCUACUCCAAGCGCGAAGCGCAGUCGCCAGGCAGAAGAUGAUCUUCCAGCUACUGAUAAGACCUCGCGACUUGUAAGCUCGCAGUCAAAGGCUAAGGCAAAGUAUCCUGCUUUGUCUGUCGGCCCUUUGAGCGGUGCCAUUGUCUAUGUCGAUGUCCACCUGUCUUCAGGCGAAGAUGUAUCGUGCUCAUUCACGGAAGCUUUGGAAAACCUUGGAGCCACUGUCCGCAAGUCGUGGAGAUGGAACCCAGGUCACAUCAUCUACUCUACCGGGGAUAUGCCCCCGCCCAAGGUGGGGAUCACCCACCUCGUCUAUAAGGAUGGAGGCAUUCGGACCUUGGAGAAGGUGAAACAAGCCGGCGGGCUUGUCAAGUGCGUGAAGAGCAGCUGGGUCAUCGACUGCGAGAAGACCGGGAAGUGGCUUGACGAGGCAGAAUAUGCUGUAGAUACGUCAAUUUUGCCUCGCGGCGGUGCGCGCCGGAAAAAGAGCAUGGUCCCUCAAAAAAUCACAAAUGUGAAUGGGACUCUUUUCUACAGUGACGGCAAGUCUACCCCUAGACCUAAGCGUCGCUCUAGUCAGGCGCAGGUCGCCAUCACCCCCCGCGUCCCGGAUUAUAACUUCGCUGAUCUAGACACCCUGGGCCUGACUCCGGGACCAGGUACGCCUGGCAAUCGACUCUUGGUGCAACAAUCAUGCCCUCCCAAGCAGUCGUGCCAGGGCCUGUUCCCGGAUGGUCCACUUGACUUCAGGGGUCUAGAUGAUGCGAACGAAUGGGGCGCGGAGGAGGCCAAUGCCAGUGCCACCUAUUAUCCGUUUUAA